AUGCAUGGUGCGCACCCGGCAUUGUGCAAUUGGCUGAGCAGCAACAAACGCAUGGCGUGCGUUUUGUGUCUCGAGGACAAGCAGACGCACAACGCGCAGUCGAUACAAGAUAAAGGAGAUCAACUCGACAAUCGUUACCUUGUGAACAUCAUUGAUUACAAAAGCACCUACUGCCGAGUCUUCCUCGCGCACACGAAGGACGCAGCGGCGAAGCAGUUCGAGGCGUUCCUCGUUCUCUGCGAGAAGCUCUUCGGGGUUAAGAUCCACGUGCUCCGCACGAACGGCGGUGGAAGAUACGCCAGCUUAUACCUGGUCUGCAAGCGCACGGGCGUCGCGCACUAG